GUUCAGUCCUUAAUUCAUUAACUCAUUCAAAAUGCUGUCAUUCUGCUGCCUGUCAUUGACCGAUGCUUGUCAAUAAAAAUGGCAGCGGGACCAAUUGCCGAAAGGAAUCAAGAUGCCACAAUAUACGUUGGCGGUCUUGACGAUAGAGUUACGGAGAGCUUGCUAUGGGAGUUGUUCGUUCAAGCUGGACCCGUCGUGAAUGUCCACAUGCCAAAGGACAGAGUGACUCAAACUCAUCAAGGAUAUGGAUUUGUUGAGUUCAUGGGCGAGGAGGAUGCUGAUUAUGCUAUAAAGGUAAUGAAUAUGAUAAAACUAUAUGGUAAACCGGUAAGAGUGAAUAAAGCUUCUGCUCACCAAAAGAACUUGGAUGUGGGAGCCAAUGUGUUCAUCGGUAAUCUGGACCCAGAAGUGGAUGAAAAGCUUCUGUAUGACACAUUCUCUGCUUUUGGUGUUAUAUUACAGACACCUAAGGUGAUGAGAGACCCCGAGACAGGCAACUCAAAGGCGUUUGCAUUUAUAAACUUCGCGUCAUUCGAGGCAUCCGACGCGGCGAUAGAAGCUAUGAACAACCAGUACCUCUGUAAUAGACCGAUAUCUGUGUCUUAUGCAUUCAAGAAGGAUGUUAAAGGAGAGAGGCACGGAUCUGCUGCUGAGAGGUUAUUGGCCGCCCAAAACCCACUAUCCCACGCGGACCGGCCACAUCAACUGUUCGCGGACGCUCCACCAACUAUGAUGGGCCCUGUACUGAUGGCGCCGCCGCCACCUCCCGCACCGUCCCCAAUGCCUCCACAAGGACCUCCAAUGAACGCUCGACCACCACCCCCACUGCCGAUGUCUGCGCCACCACCACCACCGUCAUCCAUGCCGCCCCCAGGCCCACCGCCCCCGCCAGGCCCUCCUCCCCCUCCGCCACCAUUCCACCACUUCCCACCACCCCCAUUCGGACCCCCAGGCUUCGGACCACCACCACCACCAGGAGCAAGACCCCCGCCACCAUGGAGACCACCACCCCCGUCCUUCAGACCCCAGUUCCCGCCAAGAGGUCCACCCCCGUUUGGACAUCCGCCGUUCCCGCCACACCCGCCUGAACCAAAUUAUAAUUAUUAAGUGUAAUUAAAUAGAUUAAUUUUCAA